UUUGACACAGCCGAGAAAGAAACAGCAGCCACCACACACACACACACACACUCACUCUCUCUCUCUCUCUCUCUCUCUCUCUCAGGGCGUGGAGCACCGUGGAGCACCGUGCGACGAUGGGCAUCAGGCUGUACUACACCACCGUCACGGCCUCGCGGACGGUGAAGUCUCAGCAGGCAGAAGUGAUACGGAUCCUUGAGAGUAAAAGCAUCCAGUACGAGCUCAUCGACAUCUCCGUGGGCGGGGAGCUCCGCGAUGAAAUGAGGAGCAAAGCAGGGGACCCAACGGCCGUCCCUCCCCAGCUGUUCAAUGAAGACCUCUACUGUGGGAACUACGAGAUGUUCUCUGACGCGGUGGAAGAACACACGGUGAAACAGUUCCUGAAAAUGGCGUGAGGAGGGUGAAGCGUAUUUCUCCAUCUUUGACCCCGGCCACCUCCCCACCUCCCCACCCAUCCCUGCGCCCUUUUACCCCACUCUCUCUCUGCACCACUGACAGUGUCCACCCACUUUCAAUGCCAUUAUGAAGAAUGCCAAAUAUCUCGUAUUCAGCUAAUCAGAAGACACACAUUCCCCGCACUGCACUGUUAGACUCUAAAGUCUUAAUCUGUUUUACUUUUAUUGUGUUUUUUUUUCCUGUUCUUUACUUUGAUUCCUUUCAGACCAUUUCCUGUCUGACAGACCAGUGUUACUAAGUGAUACUAGCCCGAUAGGAAUCAAUGGGAUGUCUAGAUGUGCGGUAAUUAGGUCUACUAAUCUGGCCCAGGCCACAUGAUCGCUGGAGAUUAGUCUAAUCCACUGGAUGACAACGUUCAACCCCCGAAUCGUCCUGAUCUUCUGCAGACCAAAACACACAUCAUCACUCAGUCUUAACUACUUCUGUUCGUCUCCCCCCCGCCUGUAGCCUUCAAGUUCCCAUGUCGUAUGUGACGAGACAAUAUGUGUUCUUCACAUGGAUGCAAUUGCACACGGAAGUAGCAAGGACCGUGAUUACCUUAAACUCAAAACCCCUCGAGAGGUUUGAAUCCAAAAGGGGAAUCCACUGUAGCCACUGAGGUGCUUGUAGUUUGAUUUGGCUAGUUCGGCCCGUGUCCCAUCCACUAACAUGGAGGAGGCGGGGUUUAUGCUCAUACAGCAGCCAGCCACCAGGGGGCAGUCGAUAUGUUUUGGCUUCACUUUUGAAGUGCUGUCAUGUCCACCAUCUUUGGGACCCACUUAUAAAGACAUUGCUCUUGGUUUGAAGUAAUCAUUGGUGACUCCAUUUAGUACAAAGAGCUCAUGCUCCACAAAUUUUAACGACCUGUGGGAGGAAUUAACUUCGUCAGUUGGACCUUACACGUGGUGGGUGUUUCAUAGGCUGUUGUCAGUUAUGACUACCAAGUCAUUACCUUCCAACUGAAAUUUUAUUCAGUGUGCAAAAAUAUUUAGAUUUACACGUGAGGAAUUGCAAUUUAACAGGAAAUCUAAUGGGAAAUUAUUAAAGGACCUGGAGAACAAACCAAAUGAUUGAACAGUUUUGAAAACUUUGUUUUCUAAUCUGGUCAAACCUCAUCAAAACCUCAAUGGUGACACUUUUCAGUAGUUAGAUGCUACUUGAGCAAGAUGAACUCGUUUCUCAACAUCACAUUUGGUGCCACCAUCUACCUGUGAUGCACUUCGUGCAGGUGGUUACUCACCUUGGAACCAGCACUUACCUGACACCUAUGUUUUCCAUAACUGUACUGAAUAACUGGAAAGCUUCUUUUCACCAGUUGUCGACCGUCCGAGCGAUGGGACGCCAGACGUUUAGAAGGGAGCGCAAUGAUUGGAUUGCAAAGAUGUGAAUUGUCUUGCUUUCACCCACUUAGCUUUAAUUUCCUCUGCUUAUGUGAUGUUGCACUUUCACUGAUUUAAUUUUUUUUCUGGGCGUGAAGAUGCAGUAAUGUGACUAUGCACCAAAACCCCUGACUCAUGCUGAACAGACCAGAAGGUCAAGGCUGUGUUUAGAUUGACCUGACUUCAGUCUUAAUAGGGGAACAUUCACCACAUGGGAAAAAUGAAGGCUUCACUUACGUGUGCUUUAAUGUGUUUGUGUUCAUUCCUUUGAUUGAUUUCAGUUGUAAUAUUCAUUACAUUGUUCAUGUGUUGGUCUUGUCUUUUUUUUUCUUCAAAUUGAUAACAUUUUUUCCUUUCAUUUUUUCCUGACAUCUUUCAAUCCCCCAUGCUUUCAUAAUCGUGUUGUCACGGUUUGGGAUCCUGAGUAAUGACGGCCUUCAUGCACACAAUGUUUGUGCACUGUUUUGUAAGUUGAUGGUUGUGGAUGUUUGCCUGUUUUUGAUGUGCUCAACUAUGAAUCAUGUUUUAGACAUUCCACGUCUCUCUCUGAGCUCCUGCUUCGCUUUUGGACCAAUUCCCCUUGGGCAAAAAUAAGAACAAAUUAGGGAAUCAAAUGCUGUUGUCUUCCAAGAAGAUGUGAAAAGUGAUUUAUGGGUUAAAGAAAAUAAAAUGGAGUUGAAUCUA